AUGGGAAAGUAUACAUCUUUGAAGGUUGUUUCAACGGCUGCUAAGAAGGCAGGCGGAUCAAAAUCUAAGUCGGGUUCUACCUCCAAAAAGAGCGGAAAGAAACGAUUGGAAAAUGCAUCCUCUGUUGAAUUACGUCAACCUAAAGAUAGAGAUCCCAAGAUCUCCAACGAUUCCGGAACCAAAGAAGUGAUCAACACAUUGCGCCCACUGAUUGACUUUGGGCUCUCCACUCAAGAUUUAGUCGCUAUCGGCUAUGACAAGAACUCUACUCAGAUAGAGUUUGGAAAUCACGUUUUUACAAAAUGGAUGGACGACCACAACGCCCACUGGUCUCAAGCCCUUCCCAGGUUCGAUAGCCCUUUCCAGGACUUCUAUGCUAAGUUCUUGGACCGUUUACCGCAAGUUUUAGGGGACAGCAACAAUGUCGUAUGUGGCGUACACAGUUUGACAAUUCGAUCGAUGAAAACUUCCAGAAAAUCCUAUCUCAUCAAGCCGGAGCAACUUGCUUGUCGAUGGAGAACCAGUAUUGAAUGUGCUCGUCGCACCCUGGAGAAGACAACUCAACGUGCCGUUCGUGAUUGUUCGGUUUUCCCCAAUGUCUCAUACCUGAUGAUGCCUGAUGAUGCUAAAUCACUCACUCAAGGGAAAUUCCGAGAAGUCGCUAACAAAGGACAAGUGCCAAUUCAUCCUAUCGAACCCCAUCAUUCCAAUGAAGCACUGACAGAAGACAUAAUUCGGGAAGGAAGUCGACUUUACCGUCGAUUCAUGCAUGCAAGGAAUAUCCCUAUUGCGUUUUGGGAUCGAGUUUUUAUGUAUGCUUUUGAGAUUCGCAGUCACAUGGCACUGGGACUUGCAAUACAAGAAGGAGAAUGUGGAGCCACAAUCGUUUCUGGCAACACUAAAGAUAUCUCUCACCUGGUUGAUUUUGCUAUUUGGGAUUGGUGCUGGUGCCUUUCACCUAAUCGCUCAUCCAAGGAUGGGAAACAACUAUGUCGUUGGCUUGGUCCAAGUUUUACUAUUGGAGCAGCUCUUUGUUUUGCUGUUGCUAUUGCCAAUGGACAAGUACUACAACGAUCGUCAGUGAUUCCUUUGUCAGCCGAAGAGCGAAAUAGUGAACCAAUGGAAGAGAAAAAGAAAGAGUUUAUGGAAGACCUGAAGAAGAAUCUGAAGAAGAAGUCUGAUGGAGUUUCUAUCUCUGAAGAAGAACUUGAUCGCAUUCGGCAUAAAUACAACAUGCCGAUCUCUGCAAUCGAAGACGGUGGUUACCCGCAGUAUGCACAAUAUGAAGAUCAUCCACAAGAAGAUCCUCAUGGAGUUGAGGCUUUCGGAGUUGUUCAAGGUCGGAAGCGUGACUCAUCUGGAAAAUUGAUUGGUCACUACCGCGAGAAUCCACACCUUGACACGUCUAUCUAUCAAGUGGAGUUCGAGGAUGGAAAGGUGGAAAGCUUCUAUGCAAAUCAGAUUAUUGAAAGGAUAAUGAUGAAUGUCGAUGAUGAAGGUAACACGAUGUACCGGAUUCGCGAAUUUAUUGAUCAUCAACGUGAUAGACAAGCAGUUAGAGGGGACAAUGGAUGGUAUACUACCUCUAGCGGUCUCAAGCGUCCACAAAAGAAAACCAAAGGAUGGAAAGUAUUAGCUGAGAUGAAAGGUGGAGAAACAGAAUGGCUUGAUCUAUCAGUAGCAAAAGAAGCGUUUCCUAUCGAGGUCGCUGAAUAUGCUGUUGCAAACAAGGUUGUGUCAGAGCCUGCCUUUGCGUGA